AUGAUUGACUCCGCUCAAUCGUGGUUGACUAUUGUAAUGCCAAUGCUUUCAAGAAACGAACCACUUCCAACUCUCAAAGCCGCUAUAAGACUUCUACGUGUUGUUUUCACUAAAUCGUCGGAAAUUACAGAAUUUCAGAGACAAAUCUGUUUACCGAAUGUCGUCAAAUUCACGCAUGCAGUUAUUGCGAUCGCAGAUAAUCACAAUGAUUUGGAAGUAAAAAUUUUGUGCUUAAAUACUUUGUCAUGCGUUAUAAAACUCUAUCCUACCGCACACAGAGCUUCAAACACGGUGCUUUCCGCCCUUGCCCUUCGUCACCUUAGCGGUUCCAGUCAGGGUCCAACCAGCAGCGAGUUAUUAGAAGCAGCUUCCGGGUUUUUUGCUGUUCUACCUCUUACUGGAGGCAAAGUAGGGGCAAUAAAUUUAUGGCGAAAAUCAUUUGAUGAGACCCUUGCAUUUGGGUUGGAAGCCUUCCACGCUCUCCGUACCACAUUCCCUAUAGGAGGCCCAAAUGUUCCUAGACCAAUACUUGUCGAUGAACCUCAGGUAGCAAUUCCUCUCAAUCAAGACCGAUUGCACUGCAGCGUCGUAACCCUUCAAAAAUUACUCAGUGCCCCUGUUCAGCGAACAGUGCAAUUACCUAUGGGGUCCCUCGUUAAGUUCAUUGACAGUCUUAUAGGCUGUUCGAUGGACGAGGAGGUUGAAGGGUUUAUCGAUCCUUCUGUUAGGUCUAUGGAGGUUUCCAUAGUUUCUGAGAUAUGGAAUCUAGGCUAUCAACUCCUUGCAAGCGUAGCAGAACAGUUUAAAUACCGCCUGGAUCCUCAUGCUACUAGACUGUUAUCGAUAAUAGCGUUCCGCCUUGAGCAAAAACUCGAUGGGUUCCAAAGGCUCUGCCUUCUCAAUGCUCUGGACUCUCUUUUGAAUAACUGCCAUACAGUGGAUUCCACCAUUUUACCCAUCAGAUUGGCUAAAUCUGCUUUAUAUUCGAUCACCAAGAUCCUCUCGUCCUCCAACAGAGCAACGAAUCAAGUCGAACCAUCUUCAAGCCAGAAGAAGAACGGCAAAAAACGAUCACGAAACUUCGAAGGAGACGAAGUUUUCAAGGUCACUCGUCCGGUUAUUUAUGCCUCAAAAGAGGACAGUGACGCUUUGUUAGUUUCUAUUGAUGUUGUCCAGUCGCUGCUCAGGAAUCCCCAUCUAUCUUCUUCAAUGCAGUCUAUCAUUGCACGACUAAUUACGUCCGUUCUCAUGACACUCCCCAGGAUGUCAUUUUCGACAUUGUCUGGAGACCCCACCUUUUUUGAACUGGUCAGCGCUAAAAUCCAACGUCUGAGCUUUAGGAUAGGCUCUGGCACAACUAGUGUCAUGAGUAAAACAUUGCCUUUUGUAAUUGAGGCAGCCCUUGCCAACAGCAAUUCAGAGAUCCAGCAUGAUAUUGGGAUGCUCAUUCAUCCCCGUGUACCACCGUUGGUACGAUCAAUGCCUCAUAUCGAAGCCCUUUCCCUUUUCAAGGUGGAGGAAUCUCUAGAAGAGACCGAAAACUUAUCAUCGUUGGGAAUAGCAAACAUACAUUUACAUCCACAUCAAAUUGAUGAACAGCGAAAGGAUGUUUCCAUGGAGGACAGCAGUAUGCCAGAAGCUUCUAUUCUAAUAGAUUCCAAGCAGACUGUACACCAUGUGCCACAUAGUGAAGGAAUCUUAACCAUCGACCAUGAAGAUUCGACUUUCGUUUCCUGCGAAGAAAAUGAAUCGCAGAAAAAUGCUCCACCCAUAGAGCUCGCCAACUUUGAGGAUACAAGCAAAGCGAUUCCGGCAUCUAGUACAAAAUUUCCGACUCUCAACCACACCGCACAAGGAGACAUGGCACCAAAUCUACGGUCGAUUGCAUUCACUGUUGAUGAUGAUGAACAAGACGAGGACAAGGAUAUGCCUGUCAUUGACAUGGACUCGGACUCGGAAGACGAAGAUGAUUAA